UGUGAAGAAGAGAAUAUAUUCGGGUCGGGUCCCGGAUUCACUCGUAUCACCCAUUUAGAAUCAUUAGAGCACACACACACACACACACAAGGCCUUAAUCACAGAACGCUUUUCAAAGUUAACGAACUAACGCUCCACAGAGUUUACGCACAGAGGGACAGAGAAAUGGGUGUGACAAAGGAACAAGUCGAAGCUUCGUUGACUACAAAGCUCAACCCUGUUCAUCUGGAAGUCACUGACACAUCCGGAGGAUGCGGCGCGAGUUUUGUUGUUGAGAUUGUAACGGAACAAUUUGAAGGGAAGACACUACUCGAGAGGCACCGCAUUGUGAAUGCUGCUCUUGAGCAUGAGAUGAGAGAAAUCCAUGCUCUCUCUAUAAAGAAAGCUCAGACUCCACAGCAAUGGAAGCCAACUUCACAAGACUCUGCAACAACCACUCCAACCAAAGAUGCU